AUGGCUUCAUCAAGCUGGCGGCUGCUGAAAGGCAAAACAGCCUGCAUCACCGGAGGCACAACUGGAAUUGGCCGUGCGAUAACACUCGAAUAUUUGAGACACGGCGCCAACGUCGCGGUCAACCACCUUGGCCUUCCUAGCGACGAAAAACACAGACUCAGCCUUAUCGAAGAAGCGGAAAAGAUCAGAAAAGAUGCCCCCAAAGAUUCCCCGACGGGCGAGUUGAUUGAGCUUGCAGGCGAUGUGACAGACCCGAAUACUGGAAAGGGGCUCGUUGCCGCAGCAGUCAAGAAAUGGGGUGGACUGGAUGUCUUCAUCGCGAACGCUGGCAUUUUCAAGCCAGCUGAGUUUCUCACACUCGAAAAGGAAGUCUUCGAUAAAACACUACACGUUAAUGUCAACGGCGCAUUCUACUCGUGCCAGGCAGCGGCGAACCAGAUGGUCAAGCAAGGACGCGGAGGAUCAAUCAUCGACAUCUCAUCAAUCAGCGCUCUGCAGGGUGGAGGUCUGCAGACACAUUACACGCCGACAAAGGCAGCGGUCCUGUCAAUGAUCCAGUCAAUGGCAGUGGCUCUUGCAAAGCAUCGCAUCAGAUGCAACGCUCUGCUUCCUGGCACUAUCCAUACACAACUGGCGGAGGAAGACAUGCAGAAUGAGACGAAGCGCAAGUAUCUUGAGCAACGUAUUCCAAUGGGCGUGGGCAAGCCUCAUGAUCUGGCUGGGCCGGCGGUUUUCUUGGGUUGCGAGGAAUUAAGCGGGUUCAUGACAGGAUCCCAGAUGUUGGUGGAUGGUGGUAUAACCUCAAUGUGGCACAUUCUACGAAAACACGUUUCGGAGACCGGCGGCUCCACACCGGGUGCGCCGAGCCGGAGCCGUCUCCAACCAUUUAGCGGGGCGCUCCAGGUUACCCCGCACGGGCGUCUGCCCCUGUUCCCUGUCGCUUCCACCUUCCUCUUCCUAAUAGCACCACACGACUCGACUCUGCAUCUUGUGGCCCCAAAUCCUAUUCACAGCCAUACUUCACCCGUGGCCGCCUCAGUCGUGGCCGCGGCCUCAGAAACAGUACCGGCUGUGCAACAUGUCGCCGCCGUCAUGUCAAGUGCGACGAGAGAAAACCUGUAUGCGGUGGAUGUGAGAGAACCAAACACAAUUGUCUUUACACACCAAGGCGGCCACCAAACAGAAAACGGUCUGGUCCUGUCGUAUCAGUCACCCCGAACAGCGACGCUCCGAAGCCCACGACUCCUCGAGAGCCUCGAUCGCCUCGGUCUCCCAGUCCACCAAACUCCGAGUAUCAGCCCGUCGUCUGUGGUGACGAGCCAGCUCCUCUACCGGCACAUAGCAAGCGCUACCACAAUAGCACCGUCCAAUGACGAGGGCAUAGAUAGGUCUAAUCACGCCAGUACCGGUGAUAGACCAGCUUUCGAGCAAGACUCUCCAGAGCAAGUCGACGCGUUAUGCACAGGCAUCACACCACGAGGCACAGCACGCACGUCCAGCUCGUCCGGGGCAAACCUAGAGAACGCCACGGCCAUUUGGGUCGACCUGCUUCUCCAAGAUGCGGCCAUGCAAGAAAUCGAUUUCACCAACGUCAAUUUCGAAGAAGGCGUGGAUCUCUUUGCAAGUUCGGUCGUGCAAUCACCUGCUGUGGGGCGGGGUAUACCAAACACUAGUGGAGAAGGCCUCAGUCCUACGCCAUGCGCGUCACAUCCCUACUUGCAUGAGAGAUCUCCGACGCUCGAUGAAUACCAAUGCCUCGAGAAACAGGCUUGGCGAUCGGCUACGCCUCUACCAAUCCAGGCGCAGGAACAUGUUGUUUUCCAAAAUUUUGUGCAACACAUUAGUAGAUGGGUAAGCUGGAAAGUAGCUGCCCGGAACAUCCUUCGAGUAACAAUCCUUGUUGGCAUUAGAUGGAUUUAUUCGAACCUAGACGCCCGUUUGGAACACUUGUCCCUCAACUUGCAGGCUGCUCAAUGCAGUUCUCGCUCUGUCUUCACGUCACCUCUCUUUGACAUCACUAUAUCAGCAUACGAGAUGCUCGACGGCUCAAGGCAAGAUUGGGAAAGACAUCUGAAAGGAGUCUUUUGGAUCCAACGCUCACAAGUCAUACAUGGUGAUUCCAUGGGCUUGAAGCAAGCUGUCUGGUGGGCAUGGAUAUGCCAGGAUGUCUGGGCUGCCUUUCGCGAGAGGCGCCGUCCUUUUACAUUCUGGCGGCCACUAAAGACAUUGGACGAUCUAGGCCCGUCCGAGCUGGCUGCACGGUCAGUCUACUUCUUCGCUCAGGUGAUCGCGUUCUGCUCGUACGAAGAGACCGAAGCGGGGAAGAAUGACCCUCACGCGAGAAUCGCGGCGGCUGAUGCCUUGAGAGAAAUGCUGGAAAACUGGAGGCGGCACCUGACGGCUGAGUUCCAACCACUCCCCUACCCGAGUUCUCCUGAUGACAUCUUCGAGCCGAUCUGGAUCAACCCUCCGGCAUUUGCGGUAGCUUUUCAAAUCUACUACUGCUCCCACAUCCUGCUCCUAAUGAAUGUACCCGUUCUAGGUGGACUUGAACAGUACACACAGCAGAGGAAGCGUCUGAUGGAAUGCGUCAAGAAAGUUUGUGGUAUCGGCAUGACACUGUCAGACUAUCCAUCGAGUCCGGCAUACCCCUCGAGAAUAGUAGAGAACGGAAAUGCGUUCUAA